UUUUUGUUACCGUUGCUUCUUUUACCAACAAUGGCGACGCCGAACCCUCACCUCAUCACGCCGACCAAAACUCCAUCUUCCAAGAGAAACCAACAAUCUCAGUCUCAGAUGCAAUCUCAUCCUCAAAAUCCGACGAACUCCGAAUCCAGGUCCCGGUUCGAGGCCUACAAUCGUCUUCAGGCUGCGGCCGUCGCUUUUGGAGAGAAGCUUCCGAUCCCGGAGAUCGUAGCCAUCGGUGGCCAAUCCGAUGGCAAGAGCUCGCUUCUUGAGGCGCUUCUUGGGUUCCGAUUCAAUGUUCGGGAGGUGGAGAUGGGCACACGACGUCCUCUGAUCCUCCAGAUGGUUCAUGAUCCCACGGCCCUCGAACCUCGAUGCCGCUUCCAGGAUGAAGAUUCUGACGAAUAUGGAAGUGCCAUUGUUUCGGCUACUGCAAUUGCCGAUGUAAUUAGGUCAAGAACAGAGGCGCUUUUGAAGAGGACCAACACCGCAGUCUCGCCAAAGCCAAUUGUGAUGAGAGCUGAAUACGCCCAUUGUCCAAAUCUGACCAUCAUUGAUACUCCUGGUUUUGUUCUUAAGGCUAAGAAAGGAGAGCCAGAAAACACUCCUGAGGAAAUUCUCUCGAUGGUGAAGUCACUUGCUAGUCCUCCACAUCGCAUUCUCUUGUUCCUUCAACAGAGUAGUGUAGAGUGGUGUUCAUCCUUGUGGUUAGAUGCAGUUCGUGAUAUUGAUCCAAGUUUUCGAAGGACUGUCGUCGUAGUCUCCAAGUUCGAUAAUCGCCUCAAGGAGUUUACAGAUCGGUGGGAAGUUGACCGUUAUCUCAGUGCUAGUGGAUAUCUCGGGGAGAACACUCGUCCCUAUUUUGUGGCGUUACCAAAAGACAGGAACACUAUUUCAAAUGAUGAAUUUCGUAGACAAAUAUCUCAAGUGGACACUGAAGUCUUAAGGCAUCUAAGGGAUGGAGUGAAAGGAGGAUUUGAUGAAGAAAAGUUUCGCCCUUAUAUUGGUUUUGGCUCGUUAAGGGAUUUUCUGGAGUCUGAGCUUCAGAAGAGGUACAAGGAAGCGGCUCCAGCAACUCUAGCUUUGCUUGAACAGCGCUGCUCCGAGGUAACCAAAGAGAUGAUGAGAAUGGAUUUAAAAAUCCAGGCUACUUCUGAUGUUGCUCAUCUCAGAAAAGCAGCAAUGCUAUACACCGCUUCUAUUAGCAAUCACGUGGGAGCUUUGAUUGAUGGAGCAGCAGAUCCAGCACCUGAGCAAUGGGGGAAAACAACUAAGCAAGAACGUGCAGAGAGUGGGAUUGGGAGCUGGCCAGGUGUUAGCGUGGACAUUAAGCCUCCUAAUGCUGUCCUUAAGCUCUAUGGAGGGGCUGCCUUUGAAAGGGUAAUCCAUGAAUUUCGUUGUGCAGCCUACUCUAUCGAAUGUCCUCCAGUAUCAAGAGAAAAGGUGGCGAACAUUCUACUUGCUCAUGCUGGGCGUGGAGGGAGUCGGGGAUUGACGGAGGCUGCUGUAGAGAUUGCUCGAACUGCUGCACGGUCGUGGCUCGCUCCCCUUCUUGACACAGCCUGUGAUAGGCUCGCCUUUGUAUUGGGAAGUCUCUUCGAUAUUGCCCUUGAAAGGAACCUGAGCCAAAAUUCAGAAUAUGGGAAGAACAAUGAGAACAUGGAUGGAUACGUGGGCUUCCAUGCUUCUCUACGCAAUGCAUACAGUCACUUUGUGAAGGAUCUCGCCAAACAAUGCAAGCAAUUAGUAAGGCACCAUCUCGAUUCAGUGACCAGCCCGUAUUCUAUGGCGUGCUACGAGAACGACUACCACGAAGCUUUUGGCUCGACAGGAGGAGCCUCUUACUUCAAACUUAACCAAACUUCAGGCGGGUCGUUUUGCUUCGAGCUGUCUGAAACAGAGGCAGCUUCUUGUGACGAGGCAAUGAAAGAUCAAGAAAACAUACCUCCUGAGAAUAAUGCCCAUCAAACGACACCAGGGAAAGGAGGGGAAAGCCAGAUAACGGUGCCUGAGACGCCAUCCCCUGAUCAGCCAUGCGAGAUAGUGUAUGGUCUGGUCAAGAAAGAAAUAGGGAAUUGCCCUGAUGGAGGUGGAGCAAGAAAACGAAUGACCAGAAUGGGAGGGAACAGAAACAUGAAUGGGGGAGGAGAGAUUCUGUUUGGAAACGGAGAUAAACGUUCGAGAUCGAGCUCUGCUUACUCGGAAAUAUGUUCAUCAGCUGCACAACAUUUCGCCAGGAUCCGUCAAGUCCUUGUCGAGAGAAGCGUGAUGUCAACUCUCAACUCCGGAUUUCUGACACCAUGCCGGGACAGGCUGGUGGUGGCACUUGGCCUGGAUUUGUUCGCAGUGAACGACGAGAAGUUCAUGGACAUGUUUGUCGUGCCAGGAGCCGUUGAUGUUCUGCAACAUGAACGCCAACAGCUUCAUAAACGCCAGAAGAUACUUCAGUCUUGCUUGAACGAGUUUAAAACCAUGAGUCGUGUUCUUUGAUCAUCAUCAUCAUCAUCACCAUCAUCAUCUUGUCCUUCAUCAGAACUUCCACUUCUGGUGGAUUUAACGUUGGUUGAUUUGGAAAAUCUUGCUUGUAUUUGUAUAGAGAACUUCUUCUCUUAAGAUUAACCACUUUUGUACCAAAAAAAAUAUAAAAAAUAUAUUUGGGAGA